AUGUCUACGCCGAUGGAAGCACAAGCCGACUAUGAGAGCAGUUUGAAAACUCUCUAUGAAACAUGCUUUGCAAGCAUGACCCAGCUUGAGGCUGAGAUGACUUCGUCCAUACCCAUAUCCACAUUCAAAGCCCAACUCGGUCACCUCGGUACAGAGGUGUUAGCCGAGUCGUGCCAGGGGGCCGACGAUGAAGAUGGUGAAGACGGUGACGAUGACGAUGCCACAUACUCUAACGAUGAGGAUGUGGAAAUGACCGAAAGAGAUAUCUCUCCGACCCAUGACCCAAGAGAAACCGAAGACCCCAUGAUACCUGCCCUGGAAUCUGCUGUCGACGCAGGAGUACUAGCGUUAGAGAAUCUCCAGCGCGUCCUCAAUAAGUCUGAUGUCUGGUUGGGUGACACUAAUUGGAAAGAUGACAUUGAAUUGGCACUUUCCUUUUCUCAGACGGAAAAAGUGAUCAUCGGGGUUGUUGGUAGCACUGGUGUCGGAAAAUCGUCUCUCAUCAAUGCCAUCGCCGAUGAGGAAAACAUACUCGCAACAAACUGCAUGCGGGCCUCCACUGCAGUGGCAACGGAGCUGUCAUACAACGAUGGAGAGUUCCGGUACAAAGCACGCAUUGAAUUCAUCCAACGCAGCGAGUGGGAACACGAACUACGCAUCCUUUUCAAAGAGCUCUGCGACAGCUUGAGGGAUGUCACCCGAGAGAACAUUCCAAAGGAUUCUAAUGCCGGUGUUGCACUUGACAAGAUCAAAGCUGUGUACCCCUCACUGGAGAUGGAAAACAUCACCAACACAUCAGUUGAGAAGCUCUUGGAGGAUCAGAAAGUCUUGAGUCUGCUUGGUAGUACCUUAAUCUUUGAAGAGGACAAGGCCCGAGUCUUCUCUCGGAAACUGAAGUCUUACAUCGAUAGCAAGGGCAAAAGGCGCAACUCGAAGAACCCUUCACAGAAGGGCAGUGAUAUAGGGCUCUGGCCGCUUAUUCGCGUGGUUCAAAUUUAUGUAAAAGCAAAGGCGCUGUCUACCGGAGCUGUUCUUGUCGACUUGCCUGGUGUCUUUGACUCUAAUGCUGCGCGCGUGGCGGUUGCAGAAGACUAUAUGAAACGUUGCUCAGCUCAUUGGGUUGUCUCGCCCAUUAAUCGAGCUGUGGAUGACAAAGUUGCCCAUGACCUUCUAGGGCAGAACUUCAAGAUGCAGAUGCAUAUGGAUUGUGCUUUCAAUAACAUCACCUUCAUAUGUACCAAGACAGACGAUAUCUCUGUGAGUGAAGUACAGGACUCUCUAAGACUGGCACUGCCGUCAGUGAAGAGGCGAGAACAACAAAACAAACUAUGUGCUCAGUUAGAAGUCGAGGUGAAUGAGCUUGAAAAGAGGAAAGAAUGUAUUCUGGACGAUAUUGGCUCUAUUUCUGACGAGAUCGAGGAGCUUGAAGCUAGGCUGUCCAGUGAAGAGUCCCAUUUGAGCCAAUCUGACAAUAUGCCCAACAAAGAAAAGAUGUCCAGUGAGGUUGAGAUGAGCGGGACAACCGACUCUAACAAGAAUGAUAUGGCAACGGCUCCUGUUGAUGUCUCCGCCACUGAAGUGCAAAAGUCGAGUCGCGCUGGAACUGAAGACAGGAUGAGGCAGCAUCAGGCUCUUAAAGCCGAGAGGAAACAACUUGAACAACAGCGACGCCAACUCAACCAACAGAUCAAAAUCAAAAAAGCAGAAUCUAAGCGACUCACGGAAGAAACCGAGAAUAUGAAAACAGACAUUAUCCGGGAAUGCAUCAACGCCAGAAAUAUCUACUCAAAGGAGGAGAUCAAAAAGGACUUUGCGUGCGGCAUCCACGAGUUAGAUCAAGAGUUUGGAGAGGAUGAAGAUCAGACAGCGAUUGCUAGCUUAAAUUUGCCAGCUAGAGACUAUGAAAAACUGGCGAACGAACUUCCUGUGUUCUGCGUGUCCACAAAGGCAUACCAAAAGCUUUGUGGUAGACUUCGGAAGGAAGUCCAUGUGACUGGUUUUACAAAGCUGGAGGAUACUGAAAUACCCCAGUUACAGCGCCAUUGCAUAAACUUGACCGGAAAAGCAAGGGAAGCAUCGGCAUUGCGAUUUUUAGCUCAACUGAAAAAGCUGUUCCAAUCGAUGUCAUUAUGGUCGCUGGCAACUAGUCCGGCACAUAUCAUGUCGGACGAGAAGAUACAAGAAUUGGAAACCGGAUUCAACUUGGCCGUGGAUAACUUAAGAAAGGCUAUGGAAAAGCAGGUUUGCGAGCACUCUGAUGCACUUCUUCAAACAUUUGAAGUGAACAUCAUCAAUCGACUUGACCGAGCAGUAAAACAUGCCUGCGGGGAAAUUCCUCGCAUAAUCUCUGAGUGGAAUGCACCCCGUAACGAAGGAGGUCUUGCGUUCAAUACGUACCGAGCCAUUUGUCGUCGUCAAGGAGUAUUCAAGGAAAGAGACUGGAACCAAGAACUAGCCAAUCCAUUGUUAGACAAGAUUGUCGGCGGUUGGACAAGAACAUUCUGCGUGAAAGUUCCUCUACAUCUCAAUGAGUUUGCUGUCGGCAUGGAAGGCAGCCUGCAAGACUUUCACAGCAGAGCAAUGGCCCUCGCUGAUAGAGGCGCCCCCACCAACAGGAAUACUGAAAUGCCGGAAGUGAUGCUAAGCACCUAUUGUAAAACUCUAGGGUAUGAGCUCAAGCCGCUGGAAGCAUCAAUAAAGUCAGAGCAAAAGGAAUUGAACAGGAUAUUUGCCAAGACGAUUGAGGCAGAGCUACAGCAGGCGUAUCAAGAGUGUGCGGAUCAGUCUGGCCGGUAUUCCUUGGUCCGCAUGAGAGACAUAAUGACUCGCCAGGCGGCAGACAAUUGUUCCUCUGUGCUUGGAAUCAGUGCCGAGCGAGCACUACAGAACAUAAUGGAUCUGCUGAACAUGACACGAGAAAAGCUAGGACAUCUGGUAGAAUCGACCGUGAACCACGUGUCGCGCGACUACCGCACGGCUAUCAUCGAACCUCAGAUCCGGAAGUUCUCUGCUGACCAGAUAACCCUCAAAAAUGAGGUAACCAAGAUCAUACAGAGCACAGAGGCAAAGAUACAUCUAGAUCAACUUCUGGGGCUUAACAAUGAACCAAAUGGUCAGACAGUCCUAGUACCACCUGCUGCACCCGAAGUCUUGGUAAAAAGCGAAGAGGAACCAGAAGUGAAAUACGAGGAGGAGAUUCCCAUUCAGGUAGAAGACCUAUGGGGUCUGUACCCAGAGCUUGCGCUUGUUUAUAACGACUUAUUCAAGCCGGAGGCAGAGCGCGAGUAA